AUGGUAGUGUUUCUGUAUUACCUGAAAGAUGUGCCUAAACCCAUACCUCAUAUGGCUACUGAGCCCAAAGUGGCCCCUGAGACAAAAAUGGCACCUGCAGCUAGGGUUGAAGCUCAACCAAAGCCAAAACCCACUCCCACAAAGACACCAGAAGCUCCUCACCCCAAAGUUCCUGAGGAAUACCCCAAAGCUGAGCCCAUUAGAAAGCCAGAGUCACCUCCACAAGAGGAAAUUUCAAAAAAAGUGCCAGAAAUAAUCAUCAAGAAAGAAGAACCCACACCUCAACCACCUGCAGCUAAGGUUGUUCCCAAAAAAGUACCCGAGAUCACAAAGAAAGAAGAAUCUGCAAUUCCACCACCUAAACCUAAGGAUGUUCCCAAAAAGACAGAUACUCCUCCAACAAAAGUUAUCACGGAUGUUAAAACAACGGAGAGGCCAAAGACAGAUGCCGAUAAAAAGCUGGAAACUAGCAAGCCUAGGCCAGUUGCAGCACCAACUGCACCAACUGCACCAACACCAACACCAACUGCACCAACACCAACAGAGGCAGCUAAAAAAACAGCAAUGAGCAAAUCAGAGCCAAUUGCAGCACCAAAGGAAGAGGCAGUUAAAAAGCCACAGCAAGCAACUAGCAAGGCAGAGCCAGCUGCACCAAAGGAAAUCCACACAGAGAAAGUCUUUUGA